GAAUCAUCUCCAAUGCCCUCAAGGUCGCAAGCACCAAGAAUCCCUUGGUGGAAUUGGCGCCAGAGUCAAGUGGGCGCAUGGAAGCCUCACCUUUCAAGCAACUACAUUCCUGCUGCGAAAACAUUGCCUUGGCUAUCACCAACUCGAAGGACGUAUCAUUUGCUUCACUUGCAUCGUUUAUGGCCUCUGGCGUUUGUGGUGUUUUAUUUGGGCCCCUGCAAGCCCGUUACUUCCCCCCCACUGGUGCAGCACAAAUAAUCAACUUCAGUCUCCCUAGUGAGAAUUUUUGGACCCACACUCAGGUUCUUCUCCACAAUCGCAUCUCUGAGGCCCUCAAAACCCCAGCUGCACUGAGCCCGCUACCAAGUUCACUCCUUGCUUGA